AUGGCAGACCCUUCGUCGAGCUCCUCACAGCCGGAAGAGGACCCCCAAACCCGAGACGACUCCAACAUCCUCUCUCAACACCUUGACCCGCAGUUCACUGCUUCGUUGCAGGAAGAGGCUGCCGUCAUUCCUGAUGACUACCUUGAGGCAACGAACGAUGCCCUAUUCUCGGAGCCACAGUCCUCUCUCAAGCUACAAGGAGGAGACGUCCAUCGUGAUUUGUACCGCCUGGAAGCGAAAACAAAGCAGGCUCGGAUGGGUAAACGAGCGGCCACGUUUUCCUUUCUCCCGCGGCGUCAGCAAGAUGUCAUCGAGGAAGGUGUUGCCGCACUUGAACCCGGCAGUUUUCGCCGUCAUUUUAUUCGAAACAAGCAUGGUCAACUGGAUCAUCCCGCCAUCACCGUGACCUUUCUCGAUUUCCUAGACCUGUACGGAAACUUCGCUGGAGAAGACCUGGAGGAAACUGAGGAGGAGUCAUUGGCCGUGGAGGAGGAGGAGGAGGAGGAAGAAGAGGAAGCACAAUUGGAGGCUGAACGACGACCUUUGCUAGGAGCUCGAAAGCGACAACGAGCCGCCCGUCCGGGUGAUGCAUCCAACGUGAAAUCUUUCUUCACGUUGCUGAAGGCAUUCGUCGGGACUGGCAUCAUUUUCUUACCGAAAGCUUUUCGUAAUGGCGGCAUUCUGUUCUCCUCCAUCACCUUGGUGUCGGUAGCUGCAAUCACGACUAUAUGUUUUCAUCUACUCCUCCAAUGUCGGAGACGGUAUGGGGGCGGCUAUGGAGAUAUCGGCGAACGAAUUGCGGGACCUCCGCUUCGGACUCUUAUUUUAGGAUCAAUUACAAUCUCCCAGAUUGGAUUUGUUUGUGCUUGUAUAAUCUUCACUGCAGAGAAUGUACGAGCCUUUUUGUUGGCGGUGCUUCCCAGUACCAUCAACUCUCUCACUACUGGACGCUUGAUCGUAUUACAGUUGCUGGUCCUCGUGCCUCUCGCAUUGAUUCGGAAUAUCUCUAAACUUGGGCCUGUCGCGCUGCUUGCCGAUGUUUUUAUCCUCUUUGGCCUCGGGUAUAUUUACUGCUACGACAUUGCCAGGUUAGCAACUCAGGGCGUGGCACCGACUGUGAAGUUGUUCAACCCCCAAUCAUUCACGUUAACCAUCGGAUCGUCUAUCUUUACUUUUGAGGGCAUCGGCUUGAUACUUCCCAUCCAGUCUUCGAUGAAGCGACCAGAGUGUUUUGACGGCCUACUGUAUGCGGUUAUGUCCGUCAUCACGGUGCUUUUCACAGCGGUUGGGGCCCUUUCGUAUGCGACAUUUGGCUCUGAGACAAAGACCGAGAUCCUCAGUAAUUUCCCCCAGACCAGCCGGUUAGUCAAUACCGUUCAAUUUCUUUAUUCCCUCGCCAUUCUUGUCGGAACGCCUAUUCAACUGUUUCCCGCCGUUCGGAUCAUCGAGGGCAGGCUUUUCGGCCCCGUGUCAGGGAAACGAGACCCGUGGAUCAAAUGGAAGAAGAACGUUUUUCGGACAGUGGCAGUCCUGGGAUGCGGACUGCUAUCAGCGGUUGGGGCGGGGGACCUGGACAAAUUCGUGUCCUUGAUCGGAUCGUUCGCAUGUGUACCCUUGGUGUACAUCUACCCUGCCUACCUGCAUUGGAAGGGAAUAGCGGAGUCUCCAUGGGCCAAGCGAGGCGACCUUGCUAUGAUCGUUCUCGGGUUCGUGUUUAUGAUUUACACCACGGCUGCGACUGUGUCAGUCUGGAUGUUGGGGAAAUAA